ACAUAGAAUCAAAUAACCGGAAUGAAUGAAUUAAGGUAAUCAUCUAAAGUCCUAGCUAUGUCCUAUAUUAUGAGCAUAUGCAUUUGAGGUCUCCUUAAAAGUGUACUCUUCAUCUUCCAAUGAGUGGAGAUAGACAGAUUGAUCCAACAGUCGUUCAUCCAUCCAUUGCUCUUCUGCAAGAAAGGUUCAAACAGUUGGAGAGAGCCAAGGAGAUGAGGCAGGAGAAAGAGCUCUUUCGGAUGUUCCCUGAAUCAAGCUGCCUCUUCGGUGUACACUCGAAAGAGGAGCCAGUAUGCAAAGCAGGAAUACCCAGGUUCAGGCCAUUCAAACUCUACUAUUGGAGCAUUUAUGGUCCAGAGACAUUGUCAUAUACACAACUUACCAUGAUGAUAUUUCAGAUGUUGAUACUUCGCUUCAUCUAUGAAAAGUAUUACAAUGUUAGUCUACCUAGUAAUCCUAUGGUUUCCUUCCGUUUCUUCUUCAUGGUGCACAACUACAUAGCGAUCAGAAAGGCGAUUCUCGUCUCUUUUGAAAUGCAUUCUCAACAUAGGUAAUGUUAUCCAAUUUGUCACCGUUCCCUUUCCUCUUCGUGAUUUUGGGAAUCAAUCGAGUUACAUCUUUGGCCUCUGACAUUGCUUCCCAGUUGUUUAUCUACUCAGAACGAACAGCACUAACCUUUCAGGCACUUGCAGCCAAUAUCUGCACCAGGGACAACAUUUCACUC